UGUCGUGUCCCCCCCCCCGCCCCAUGGCAGUGGGUCCAGGAGCAGGCCCCGGACGUGCUGUGCCUGCAGGAGACCAAGUGUGGGGCGGCGUCGGUGCCGGCCGAGGUGCGGGAGCUGCGGGCCCUGCCCCACCAGUACUGGGCCAGCCCCGAGGGGAGGCCCGGUUACAGCGGCGUGGGGCUGCUGUGCCGGCAGGAGCCGCUGCGCGUCACCUACGGCAUCGACGACCCCGAGCACGACCCGUCGGCCCGCGUGGUGACGGCCGAGUUCCCGUCUCUCUUCGUGGUGUGCGCCUACGUGCCCAACGCCGGCCGGGGCCUGGCCCGCUUGGAGCCUCGCCUCCGCUUCGACGCCGCUUUCCGGGCCUUCCUCCGCCGCCUCGACGCCCGCAAACCCGUAGCCUUGGGGGGAGACCUGAACGUGGCCCACACCGAGCUCGACCUCCGGCAUCCGGCCGCCAACCGCCGCUCGCCGGGCUUCACCGAAGAGGAACGCCAAGGUUUCGGCGCUCUCCUCGAGGCCGGCUUCGUCGACGCCUUCCGCGCCUUGUACCCGGACCUGCCCCACGCCUACACCUUCUGGACCUACUUGGGGGGCGCGCGGGAGCGUAACGUGGGCUGGCGUCUCGAUUACUUCCUCAUCUCCGAGAGGCUCCGGGAGGCCUUGUGCGACUGCAAGCUCCGGCCCCGCGUCAUGGGCAGCGAUCAUUGCCCCGUCGAGCUCUAUUUGGCCCUGUGA